UCUUUGACGUCAUCCCCACCGUUCUCGCAACAGUCGCCGGAAGCUACACUUUCACUCCAGGAACGUCGACAGAGAAACAAGGCAGCAUCUGCAAAAUACCGUGCUAAAAAGAAUCAGCAGCAUGGACAAAUGAGGUCCACGAUCGGCUCGCUUACUCGCGACAACGAGCUAUUGCAACGUCAGCUUGAGCAUGUCCGACAAGAGAACAACCAACUCAAAGCAACGUGUGAUCAAUUGCGCGGGAAAAUGAUGGCAGAAAAAAUGCUCAAACGUAUGAUG